CAGACCGAUCUCUGUCGGCCUCUUUCGUAUCUCAGCAUCCAAACGAAUAACAGUGAUUAUUCUAACACUCCUCCGAAAACCAGUUCAAUAUCCCGUUAUCUACUAUACAGUGUCUCGGUAGUUUCACAGUCCGCCUUGUGCAUUACUCGACCCGUACAGUAUAUAAUAUUUGGCGACGAGGAAAACGGAUUGAAAUCGUGUGCGCGUGUGCAACAAGUUUUCCGGUGCGGAAUUUGCCGGACAAGGACAGUGAGAGGGAAGCUGAUUUUGCCGGUGACAAGCUACAGUCGUGCUCUUUGGCGGCGGCGUGAUUUCGGCAGCAGCGGAACAGAAGCAGGUGGUAGAUCCCGGAAAAGUUUUCGUUGGGUACAGUAUAAGGACGACUCUCGUUGGACGGUUGAUUUUUUCCUUUUUGGAAUUAUAGGACGGAGAUUUCCGAGACAGGUUACACCCCCGUGGUUGGUAUUCGAUUGUGAAACCAUGUCGUACGUAGCACCGAACAUCGAUCCGUACCGCAAAGGGCAAUCUUUCGCGUCAUGGUUCAAGCGACUUGGGUACCACUUCCGUAUCAACAAAGUAUCCGAUGCCGACAAGAAGGACCAGAUGUUUCUUCUUGGCGGUGAUUAUCUUUUCGAGGUUGCACAGAAUUUAUACCUCAGCGAAAAUUUGCUUGAUGAAGCACCGCUUGAAGAAAUAGUUGAAAAACUUAAGCGAAGAUUGGAUAAGUCAGAAUCGGCUUUGAUUCAACGGUUUAAAUUCGGAUCGCGAGUGCAGCAGCCUGGCGAAACAGCCAGUGAUUUCUUAUUCUCCCUUAAGCUCCAGGCGGAGUAUUGUAAUUUCAAAGACGAUAAACAAGAUCGCAUUCUAGAUCGAAUACUCAUUGGUUUGUCAGAUGAUAACUUGAGACAGAAAUUAUUAGCGGAAGAAGGGGACAAACUUAAUUUAGCGCAGGUCGAGAAAAUUGUUACGACGUGGGAGUUAGCGGCUUCUCAUGCAAAAGCUUUGACGCAGGACGGUCCUCCAGGGCAAAUUGCUUCUAUUGUUGGAGGUCGAGGAGCACUUUUGCAGCGUAUUAAAAAUUUAGCGCAGGGCUUCGGAUCUGUUAAAAGCCGUUUAGGAUACAGGCCUCCGUUUCGUUCCCCGGUGAGAAGUAGAUAUUGCAGUGCGAACACCCACAAUGGGUAUAGCGAUCGCGUCAAAGAUUCCUCACAGUCCAGACAGGCUAGGCAAGUGCGAUUCCAAGAACAGAGAAAAAUGUAUCAGAAUGCAGAUAUUCGUCCGGCGGAGCUGAAAAGUGAUAAACCGAAAAUUGACCAGCGAAUAUGCCACUACUGCGGGGUAAGAGGUCACGUGAGGAGGAAGUGUAUAAAACUGAAACAGUUUAAGAAAGACCCGAUCAACAACAUCGAUAUGGAGAAACCCAGUACCAGCAGGGAUUCCGGUUUGUCAAACAUGAUGAAUCGUAUGAGUUGGGAAGACAAGAGUGAUGACUCGGAUCAAGAUUACAACUGGAAACGGAAUAACUACCACGGCGCACCGUAGUCAAAUUAAGAUCAUCGACGAUGCGGAGGGUCGUACGCGGAGACGGAUGGUGGUUUAUGUCGAUCCUAUUGUCGAUACCGAUCCAUUACCACCACCACCUAGUACGUAUCACGAGGAACCAUGCGAGGAGCCCUUCCGGGGAUUCUCGGAGAGCGACUUGCGGGGACGAGAAGACGAGAUACAAACGGUUAAGCCGAAUCGAAAACGAAAGAUGGAUGAACAUUUGGCGCUCGAUGGCCUGCCGAGGCGUUCGAAGAGAACGCGGAAGAAUUACCAUAAAAGUGAAUUUCAAUAUUUUUGAAUCGAAAUGAAUUUUGUUAUUAUUGUUAAUAUUUGUUAACUAUAUUUUUAAAAAUUUGAAAUACUAUCGAAUAACUCCCGAAGAGGGGAGGACUGAUGUAUAUCCUAAAAUUGAUUAUUCCUAUCUAAGCGUGUAUAUGCUAUAAAUAAAUUUAUAGCAUUCGAUAUGUCAAAAGAUUAUAAAAUAAACAGACCGAUCUCUGUCGGCCUCUUUCGUAUCUCAGCAUCCAAACGAAUAACAGUGAUUAUUCUAACACUCCUCCGAAAACCAGUUCAAUAUCCCGUUAUCUACUAUACA